AUGGGCAGAAGAAGGUUCAAGAGGAAUUUGACAUAGACAUGGACGCGCCAGAGACAGAGCGGGCGGCUGUGGCAAUACAGUCCCAGUUCAGAAAAUUCCAGAAGAAAAAAGCGGGGUCCCAGUCUUAGUAACUACCUCACAGCUUAAAAGAAAGUAAUCCUGAAAUGAUUUAUCAAGAAAAUCAGAAAUAACACAAAGAUGCAUGUACAGAAAUUAUCAAUAUUUAAAACCCCAUUGGCAGAUAACAAACCAUGAGCUUGUGUGUGACUUCAUCCCAGAUGUUCCACGCCCAUUAUCCUCUGUAACUCACCAUUUUACUUGAUGUUGUAAUAAAAAGUUAGGGUGAAGUAAUUAAAGUGUCUGCCUUCAUCUGUCUUUUCAUAUUAAUCCAGCAACCACAGCGUUACAAAUGAACCCAGCCCAGAUGCCUGUUUUCCUCUUCAUGUAAAGCCUGGAGACAAUAACAGCACCGUAUGUUACAAGGUUUUUGCUGAGGGAUGAGAGCAUGCAUCUCAGCCCUCCUUACCUCAUUCGGAGAACUCCAGCUGCCAGCUAAAUGUGACAAUAAAAUUACUUUCUUGUAAUGAGCUGAAAGUAAAAAGUUGCAGACAGAAGCUGGCAUGAAAGGAAGAGGUGUAGGCAGCAGUGAGGAGUGUAUUUUUGUCUUGCAAUUAUGCCAAUAAAGUGGCUGAAGUGGG